GUGGGGAUGGCGAGGGUGGGGAAAGCUGAACGGGUUCAGCCCGGGUCCCAAGAGCCUGUCCCAGGCGGCCGGCUGGAAACCGCCUGCGAGCUGUGAGCGGCCGCCGCACAGCCCGGGGCACGCGCGCGGCGUUUGAGUGAAGAAGCGGUUUGUCAGGUGCCUUUGAAAUUCCAAACCCCGCUUCACCUUUUUACCCUGGUCCGGCUUGGUGGUGCCGACCCCGGGGCCAGAUUGUCCGCCGCCCUGGGAGCCUGGACGCGUAACGUUUGCGUUUGCCCCGUGGCUCCCAGCACACUGCCGUGGAAGUCAUCGCUGGUUCACAGGCCUUUUUCUAACUGCAAGUUACAGUGGUGGUGGCGGCUUGGUCCCUCGGCGUCAGAUGUGAUCGCUCAGGGCGCUCAGAGUAGUAGCAGUCAUAAAAGUCACUCUUGAGUGCCGACGACGCGGGGACACCGCCACAGGACAGAGACUGUCCCCUGAUCCCCGCAGCAUCCCUGAGGUCGGUGGUGCUUUCCCCGUUCGCGGAUGAAGAUCUGGAGGCCGAGCCAGGUGUCAGACCCCGCUCUGUAGGGAGCCAGAGCCAAAGGCUACAACCUGGGCCGCCUCGACAGGUCGCGGCAGGGGUCUCGGUAGGGACGGGUUGGGUGUUUCGGAAGUGGUCCCGAACUCGGACGCCGGGUAUGAAGCACAGACAGGUCCUCAGGAAGUCUGGAAAGGCGUGGACGUGUCAUGAAAGCAAACACGCAAAAACCCAAGCUGCUGAGGAAUUUUAGAGCGUUCUGGGUGUUAAGGCCGUGGAUUGAAUACAUGUAUCUAAUUUUACUCCUUCCUGAAAUCUCACUAAAAUUAAAGGGAUUUUUUUUUUAAGAUCUAAACCCAUAGGAAUGGAGAGAAUGGGAAGGAACCAAUAGCAAUAAAAUAUUGGGUUACUUGAAAGCAAAUGUCUUAGCAAAUCUUAGCUUAAUUCUGAACCAGCAGCAGGGAAUACUGUGCAGCAAUUCUGUGUAAACCACCGAAUCUUCAGAAUGCACAGACACCGGCAGCCCUGGGCGGACACCUCGGGAGCUGGCAGUGCAGGGAGAUGUCCUUUGCUUCUCAGAUGUAAUGCACUUCAAGUUUGUUAUUCAACAGUGAAAAUGAGUCAUACCGAGGUUAAAUUAAAAAUACCUUUUGGAAAUAAGUUACUAGAUGCUGUUUGUUUGGUACCUAACAAGAGCUUAACAUAUGGAAUAAUUCUUACACAUGGAGCAUCAGGAGAUAUGAAUCUUCCUCAUUUGAUGUCACUGGCAUCCCAUCUUGCAUCUCAUGGGUUUUUUUGCCUGAGAUUUACCUGUAAAGGCCUUAAUAUUGUACAUAGAAUUAAGGCAUAUAAAUCAGUUUUGAGUUACCUAAAGACCUCAGGAGAAUACAAACUUGCCGGUGUUUUCCUUGGAGGUCGUUCAAUGGGCUCAAGAGCAGCUGCUUCUGUAAUGUGUCAUAUUGAGCCAGAUGAUGCUGAUGAUUUCGUUCGAGGUCUUAUUUGUAUUUCUUAUCCACUGCACCAUCCAAAGCAGCAGCAUAAACUUAGAGAUGAAGAUCUCUUUCGUAUAAAAGACCCUGUACUAUUUGUGUCGGGCGCAGCAGAUGAAAUGUGUGAAAAGAACUUGUUGGAGAAAGUGGCACAGAAAAUGCAAGCUCCUAAUAAAAUCCACUGGAUUGACAAGGCAAAUCAUUCCAUGGCAGUGAAAGGACGGUCAACAAAUGAUGUUUUCAAAGAAAUAAAUACACAGAUUUUGUAUUGGAUCCAGGAAAUCACCGAAAUGGACAAGAAAUAAUUGUCUUUAGUUAAAAGCCGUGUUAUUUUGAAUACAAAUAUAGUUAAUUUGAUAAAAACCAGCAUAAAUCUCAGCAUUAUGAGAUAUAUUUCUGACUAAGGUUCUCCAGUGUUCCCUAAUUUUUAAUACAUGUUCUAGUUGUGAAAUUGAUGUCUUUUACAACAUGACUUUUGAAAGCAUAGUUCUAUAAAGAUGAUGCACGAAUAUUAAAGAUGGUCUAAAUAUUAUUUAUUUUCAUUAAUAUAGUUAAGUUUUGAAAAAAUAAACUUUUGAAUUUUGUUACAGUG